AUGAAGGGUAGGCAUCGUUUGGAGAUAGAGAAUUUGACAUUGGCAUCUCAGCCAUUUAGAACACUACGACUUUUUGCCUUAGGGACUGUACAAUAUCUGAAACAGUCACUUGUCUUCCUGGUGAGGAAAGGUAGAUCGUUUAUGGUCAUGACCAUCCUUCUUGUGCCUAUUUUAAUUGCCCUCUUGGUGGUUGAGGGUCCUCACGAAAAGGUAUUGAUCAUUUUUUUAAUGUACCAUAGUAUUAUUAAAUGUUAAUGAAAACCAAUAUUUUCUUUCUCAUCAACAUGCUAUCUUUCUAUCCUGGUUUUUUCUUUUUUUAUAUACUAAGAAGUCCAUGUCUUGCAUCACCUUUUGGAAGUUCAAGAGAGAAUAUUUAGUGUUCUUUCUGGAAACUUCCGGCAUUAAUGUUGCCCUAAGAAUCAUCUCUUUUUUGCUUUGCAAAGAAAUUCAUUUCUCCCCUAUACUGUUCACAUAUAGCUAUUUCAUUCUUUUUUGGUGAUUGAUGUCACAUUUCUUAUUUGAUUAUAACCAAUAUUUAUUAUUUCUACUGGCUUUGAAAUGUUUUGUUUUGUCUGAGAUUGCUUUGGUUUGAUGAAUGGUUUUGGCUGUUCUAUUUGACUUUGUUUUGGUGUUUUGCAGCAUGUGCAGGAGUUUUUACAUUACUUCAGAUUUGGAGUGUGGUGGAUGGCACUUGGUGUGGCAUCAUCGAUCGGACUAGGUAAUCCAUCCCUUUUUUUAAAAAUUACUGUUUACGAGAAUCGGUUGAUCAUGACGUCUUGGGCACUUUUUGAGGUAGACUGGUGUUUAGAUCAUGAUCUGUUUUUAUAUGAAUGUUCUGUGCACGACUGUUUCUUAGCACUUAAAUCCUGAUCCCUUAAUUACUAGUUGUUUCUUUGGACUCCCUAUCCUACACCUUUUGGUUGAAAAUAAUUCCCUCGUGUUGUUUAUUUAUUAUUUAUCUUUAUUCUUGAUUUUCAAUGUCAAAUCUGAGCAUUCUUUUAUAAGAAUUUUGAUAUAUUUUUCUUAAUUGGACCUUUUGUCCUUGUUCUGCCUUUUACAUGUAUGUCUUUAGCUUAUGAAUUGGGAUAAUUUUGGUAGUAAUGCGUUUUUUAUGCUGCCUAACCAGAAAUAGUGGCACACUCUUUUUUGUUUCUUUUGUCCAUUUUGGAUAAAAAAAUUCCACUAAACGUCCAAAUUGAUGAAUUGAUGACUAAUCCAUAGUAUAAACUUUCUAUGUUUAGGGCUUUCCUAUUUUCUGCACUAGGAUCCAUGUUUUGUUGGGUACACAAACUAUUGAUUUAAAGCUAUAUCAGACAGCUUACCAUGUAUGGUUACAUGCUAUGAUUUUAUUCCUUGAGAUGCAUAUAAGGAGGGAUGGGGUCUGAGUCGAGGGUGCACAAUUCAGCCAUCUCAUUUAUCAUAGAAUGUGCCCGCAUUACGGUGGUUAGAACUCACAGGUUUUUAUUACAGAUAUUGAAGCAUCAAACUCAGAAUUAAUUCACAAUAACUGGAGAAGAAUCACGAGAUUUUUAAUCUUUGAAAAAUAAGUUAAUUUAAUAUAAGUUAAAACACUAUUUCUCCGUAUUCAUAAGGAUAUUUCACAAGAUGAUGGUAAUUUUUAUCAACGCAUGAUCUGGUUCAUAUGCAAAUGAUUAUUUUCCGAUAGUCAAGAAUUCCAUCAUAUGUUGAGGAAAAAAGCAAAACACCACAAAGCUGUUCAUAAACUGACGAGAUGUCAUUAGUUCUUUAGACCAUGAAAUGAUGCUAGUACAAAUCACACCAAAAACAUUUUCUGCAAUAUAAUCUUGCCUAGUUCAUAAAGAAAUCAAUCCAGCCUUGGCAAGUGGAACCUAGUCUUGCAAUCUUUAUCGAUUAGUAAUUUACAUUACAUCAUUACCAUGGAGGCAUAAUGCUUGGGUGUAUCAAUUGGUGGAUCCCAUGACGAAGGUCGAGACCUAAUUAGAAUUGAACCAAGCUUGUAUGUGAUAAAAGCGACCAUCUAACAGAAGUUGAGGGAUUGAAAAAGUUCAACUGAAUGAAAGGAUGUAACAGAGACAUGGAUUUAGUGCAAAGUUUUCGGCCAACUCAUUAGGAGCAAGAUCAGUAAUGAUGGUCCCAGUUAAUUGGUACAAACUGAGGCUAUUUGAACUGGAGUAGUGAAUCCUUUCUCUUUUGCAGUAUAAUAUUUAAAUUCUUAUGGCUAAUUUCUAUUAGAGUUAAGAAUUGAAAUUUGUGCAUUUAAGUUCCUUGGUGCAAUGCGUUGGCCGAUAAAAGCCAGUAUUAGAUGGAUGCACUAUUUUUUUGGAUAGGCGUCCUGUUGUGUUAAUUUCCGCAAGUUUCUGGCAACUUACCUACUGAAAGAUAAUUCAUUGGUUCAAGUGCUUGUUUUAUUUUUCAGCCUCUAGUUGGGUUAAUAUUCAGUUAACCUCACGAAUUUGUUGGUUUGGGAUUCUUUCCCUGGAGUUGUUUUUGCAAGAGUACAAGCAUUUCACUAGAGUGAAUUAUAAGUGAUCAUUUUCCACAAGUUGCAUCAUAAUAGUGACAGAUGCUCUUCGAUUAUGUGAAAGACCCGGAGUAAAACUUGAAAAAAAGUCUAUGUUUAUGCAUGUCAUUGGCAAGUUUGACUUGAUUUUGAUCUGUUGUUGAAAAAAGGGUAGGCAAACUUGCUGAAAUUUUCAACUUGUGUUGAUAUUGACAGAAAUUUCCCUUUCACGCAUCUUAUGGCUGAUGUUCUUCCAUAUGCAUCCACAGUCGAAACUAAUUGAGCUAGACAUAUUUCAGGAUCUGGUUUGCACACAUUUGUUCUGUAUUUGGGCCCCCACAUUGCCUUUUUUACCAUAAAGGCUGUGCAAUGUGGGCGGGUCGAUUUGAAGUCUGCAACAUAUGACACCAUUCAAUUAAACAGAGGCCCCUCGUGGCUUGAAAGGAAUUGCUCUGAUUUUGGCCCUCCACAGUUUGCAUCUUUGCCUGAUUCGUUAGUGGCUGUUCCACUCAGCAAUAUACUUCCCCAAAUCCAGACAGAGGCUAUUCUUUGGGGCAUUGGAACUGCACUUGGAGAGCUUCCUCCAUAUUUCAUCUCCAAAGCUGGUAAAAUUUUUUCUGUUUUUUUUUUAAUUAGUAUGGCCUCCUAGGUGAACGUCUGUGUAUUAAACUUACAUCAUGUUUUUUUUUCCUCCAACGGGUUAUAUCUAUUCUGAAAUAUCCGUCUGUGCUGUGAAAUCUUCCGCCCAGGGAAGAAAAUUAUUACCAUUCUCUGCUGUUUUAUUAUCGUGCUCAGAUUUUCCUAGGGUUCUUUCUGCAAAGAACCAGUCAACGAGUUGGAUAUUACAUUUUCUGAUUAUAUUUCGAUAUUAGCUUUUUGAAUUAUCAAACUACAAUCAUGUCUGUGUUCCUUUUUUUUUUUCUUUUUUUUUUCUUUUUUUUUUAUUUUUUUAUUUUUUUUUACAAAAAUCUCUUCAACGGGUUGGCAUUGAUCGUUUUCGAAGGGUAAAUACUAACUAGGAAUUAGUUUAUGUUCAUGUUUUUUUCCGGAUUUUUCAUUUAGUCCUCUUUAUUCACAACGGAAUUCUAUGUUUUCAGCAAGCCGGUCUGGAGGCCGAUUGGAUGCGGUGGAGGAAUUAAAUACUCCAUCCUCAGACGAUGAUGGACUCACAUCAGCUCUGCUUAAUAGAAUAAAACAUCAGAUUCUCGCUCACGCCCAACAUUUAAACUUCUUCACGAUUCUGCUGCUUGCAUCGGUUAAUGCCUUUUCUCUUCAUUAAUAUCUAGGAGAUCCUUCGCGGUUCUCUGCAGUAGCCAAUCAACAGCUCUUUGGUUCCUCUUGAAAUAUUUUAUAAAUUUCAUUAAAAAUUAGAUCUUGUGAGCAAGACUAAACUUUACUUGUUAUUUCCUUAUUUAGGUUCCCAACCCUCUGUUUGAUCUUGCUGGUAUCUUGUGUGGGCAAUUUGGAAUUCCUUUCUGGAAAUUCUUCCUCGCAACAUUAACCGGAAAGGCGAUAAUCAAGACUCACAUCCAGGUUUGUCUCAGUUGCUAAAUAUUUCUCUCGCAUAAUCUUUCCUUCGGUGCAAAUGGGAAUACUAUGUUGUUGCAACAUUGGUGUAGCUAACAAUAAUAUCAUUCAAUCCCAAAUGCAGACAAUUUUUAUCAUCUCUUUGUGCAAUAAUCAGCUCUUGGAAUUGCUGGAGAAUGAGCUGAUUUGGAUGCUCGGACUCAUUCCCGGGUUCUCUUCACUCUUGCCAAAUAUUUCUUCUAGUCUGCAUCAGUUGAAGGAAAAAUAUCUAACGAUGCAUCAGGUCCCAAAGUUAAAGGUUUGCCCACUGCCCCUUUUCCUCCCUCCUAAAAACGAUGAAUCUAUAUAUAUAUAUAUAUAUAUAUACUCAUGGAACCCAGAUAUGGGGGCAGAACCCGGAUUCCCUGCCCUGGAGAGGAAGGCUCAAUAUGUGCAUAAUGUACAUGUUUAUUUGUUUAUUAUUUAGUAAAUUGCGUUGCUGCCCAUCUCUGACUUUUGACCAAAAUCCUCGUUUCUCUAGGAGAAGCAGUGGAAUAUCUCGUUCAACCUGAUCUGGAACAGUGUCGUCUGGUUGAUGCUGCUCAACUUCUUUGGCAAGAUAGUGACGAGCACUGCCCAGAGCCACCUCAGGAAGCAGCAAGAGCAGGAGUUGGCCGAGCUGUCUGCUUCAGAAGCUUGA